UCUAUCUUCCAAAUGAGUCGGUUUACCUGUCAGUUGUAUUUUCGCACUCAUCAAAACUACAUCAUGAAACUUUUAACAUUUUCAACUUGUAAUUUAAUUAUUUUAUUAAUUUCAUUUAUUUCCAAUUUACCGUUAAUCUUAACAUGUGGAUAUCCAGGAAGUCCUGCUCAUGCAGAUAUUAAGUUUUCAUCAGAGCCCAUUGAUAAUGGGGACACUUACCUUUCAGGUACUUUUGCCACUUACAAUUGUGACUCAGGAUAUGAUCUUUUAGGUCCAAAUCGCCGUGUGUGCUCAGAAAAUGGUACUUGGAUACCACAGGGUGUACCAUUUUGUGUUCUUAAUGUGGCCGUUGGUAAAGCAGCGAUGCAAUCAUCAACCGUCGGCACGGGUUCACCUCAAAAGGCCGUUGAUGGGUCAACAGCGGAAUCUUUUCAUGCACCGACUUGUACAAUGACCACAAAUGAGCCUAAUCCUUGGUGGUAUGUUAAUCUACUUGAACCUUAUCUAAUUCAACUUGUGAGAAUUGAUUUUGGUUCAAAGUGUUGUGGUUCUAGACCUGCGACGGUCAUUGUUCGUGUAGGUAAUUCGAGACCUGAUUUGGAUAAUAAUCCAAUUUGUAAUAAAUUCACGGGCUUCAUUGAAGCGGGUGCCCCACUUUUCCUACCCUGUGCCAGACCAACUCCAGGAGCAUUUGUCUCGGUUCACCUUGAAUCGGGUGGUCAACCACUUUCGAUAUGUGAGACCUUUGUGUACACCGAUCAUGCCCUUUCGAUUGAACAAUGUCCAUCUUUUCGUGAUCAACCCCUUGGAUCUACAUCAACUUAUAAUGGAAAGUGUUACUUAUUUUAUAACGAUAAACCGAUGAACUUUGACAAUGCUCGGCGUUUCUGUGAUGCUCGAGGUGGUACUCUUGUCGAUGAGACAUCUCCCGCUCUUCAAGGUUUCCUUUCAUGGGAAUUGUAUCGACGACAUCGUAAUGAUAAAUAUGGACAAUAUUGGUUGGGUGCCGUUAAAGAUCAACAGUUAAACAAGUGGAAAUUCAUCAACGGUAAAGAAGUUCAGAUCAGUUUCUGGUCACAACCUCGACAGAAUCACAAUUGUUCACGAUUCGACGGAACCAAAGGUUGGCUUUGGGCUGAUACCAAUUGUAAUGUCAAGUUGCACACUGUCUGUCAACAUCGACCUCUAACCUGUGGUCGACCUGAAAUUCCCGCUAAUUCAACCAUCUUAUUCCGUAAAGUGGACAUCGGCUCAAUGGUCGAGUAUCGCUGUGGAUCGGGUAACCUACUUGUCGGACCAACGAUUCGAACCUGUUUACCAACGGGUUUUUUCAGUGAAUAUUCACCAAAGUGUAAAUAUCUCGAAUGUGGAUUCCCAGCGUCCAUUUCAAACGGUGAUUAUUUACUUGUGAAUAAAAGUCGUGCCUACAUGUCCGGUGUUCAAUAUCGUUGUGAUAAUAAUUUCAUUAUGGUCGGUAGAUCAUAUUUAUUAUGUGACAUUGACGGUCGGUGGAAUGGACCACCACCUCGAUGUGAACCUAUUCCAACAUCAACAACAACCACAACCACAACCUCUACAACUCCAUCAACAACAACCUCAACAACAACAACUUCAACAACAUCUACAUCAACCACAUCAACGACAACUUCUACAUCAACAACAACCACAACACCAGCACCACCAUCAUCACCAUUUUACGGGUCAACUCGACGGAACAAUAUUACCCCAGUUCGAACCUACUAUUCAUCUAGAGAUCCCUCUCGUCGGCCACCACCACAAAUCGCUCUGAUUCCCGAACUAUCAACAACUCGACCUCCAUCGACAACAAGCAAAUACCUGGUUAAAUAUACUUCAUCUUCAUCAUCUUCACAACCCUCAUCACCUUCAUCGCCAUCUUCUCCUUCAUCAUCGUCGUCCUCCUCCUCUUCUUCCUCAUCCUCAUCGUCCUCUUCUUCUUCUUCUUCUUCCUCAUCACCAACCUUAUCUUCAUCAACAGGAUUAAAUAACAACAAUAAACGGAUAACAUCACCGAUUUAUCCAACAACCUCAACACCCACAACAAAUAGUAACAAUAAGAAGCAAAUUGUUAAUGAUGAAAAGGAUAAUGAGAUUGAAGAUACAAUCUAUUCAACAAGUGGAUCAUCAUCUUCAUCUUCAGCAACCAAAUCAGCAAAUGUUAAGGCAACAGCAACAACCAAGUUAAACAUGGGAGGCAUAAUCGCCCUUGGUGUUUUUGGAGGUUUCGUUUUCCUUGCCGCAAUCGUAACAAUCAUAAUCAUCAUUGUUAGAAGAUUUAAGAAUAGCAGAAAUUCAAUUGAUGCUCAAACAAUUAGUACUUUCGAUUCGAGCGGUGAUCAAAGUGGAUUUUAUCGGAAUUACAAGGAAUCAUGGGAAAAUUUGAAGUAUGUCCGUCAUGCCAAUUCUUAUAAGCCCGGCAGUGGACUGAGUCGUUUGGACGCUUUCGAUACUGCUUAUCGUAACCCAAGGUCUCGAAACGGAGGUAACGGCGGUAACGGCGGUGGUGGUAACGGUACUAUUGGAGUUGGAGGUUUAUGUAAUGAGGGUUUUCGUGAUACCGGAGAGAUAACACUUAACGCCGAUGUUGCCGCUCUCUAUUCAAGGCCAGAUAAACGUUUUCGAGGCCAAUAUUAAAUUAAUUUAAUUUCUUUCUUCAAAUUUUCUUGCCUAAUCAAAUCGUUAACCCGAUUAUCAUCAAAUCAUCAUCAUCAUCAUCAGCGACAUCAUAUCAUCACUUAAUGUUGUCAUUGAACAACAAACAAAAAAAGGUGAAAUGAAAUAAAACUUUUAGUCCUCACAAAUCAUUGUAACAAUAUAACAACAAUUAACAUGUUUAAAACAAUUUACAAAUUGAAGCAAAUCUAAUGAAACUACUGACCAACAUGAAUGGACAAUCAAUUAAUUUAUACAAAUACAUACGAGUUUAAACUAAAUAACUAAAUCACUAAAUUAGACAGAGAGCUAAAUAGAUUUUUAUUUUUAAUAAUAUUACUAAUAAUUGUUUCGUUAAAUUGUUACGAUUAACAAGAUUGAAAAGAGUUUAAUUGUAAUGACAGUCUGAAAACUUUACCCGGAGGGAAAGUUACUCUCUCUCUCUCUCAUUAUUUAAACUCUUUUCAUCUAAUUAUCAUCCUAAUCGUCACCAUUAUGAUCAUCAUCACACCACCAACAACCUCUUCCACCUUCAAAUCCAUCUCAUCGCCAUCACAAUCAUCCUUUGCAUUGUCAUUAUCAUCUUCAUGUAUCUUUUUUGCAAUCUCUCUCUCUCUCUCUUUCUGUCUCUCUCUCUCCUCUUCUCAUCACCAUCAUCAUCCUCAUCAUUUGUCAUCCUAUUGUAAACUACGUCAACCUAAUGACAACUCUCUCACUCUCACACACAAAAAUUUUAUAAAUACAAUUUUACUCCAAAUAAAAUCUUAAUGAAUGAAAAAAAAAACAUCUUA